CGGAGCUUAACCACGUUUCGACCGCCGUACGUGAACUUGGAUCGGCGACCGCGUCGGGUUGUGCGGGCCCAGAUGCGCGGUCCGACGCAAAGUGCGCGACGACAAUCUGGCGUCGCGUCGGAUGAAGACGUCGUCGGGCACAGUGGCCGCCCUCUUGAUGACCGGGAAAGGAAAACGCGCCGACCUCCGGGAGACCAUUUGCGACCUCGUUGUCGAUGCGGUUUCGCUUUUUCUUGGGGUCACUCCGCAGACCGAGAAGCGAUCGCUCGACGAAGACGCUUCGCGCCUCGUUCCAUUUGGAUGUGCGACAGAUUUUGCAAAAGCUAGCUCGUAUCUUUUCCAGAGUCACACGCAGGGCAUAUCAGGCAAGGAAGGAGGCAAACCAAGCAUGCUGCAUCUCGACCCGGACAAGAAGCAGGGUCCGGCCUUCGUCCGAAUUUUCUUGUUGCUUGUCUUUGAGACUCGAUUGCUUGUCUUCAAUUCGGUCGCUUGUACACUCCUUCCUGUAGAAUUUUGUCGAUGAAGAAGGCCUGAAUUUUGACAAUCAGUUCGCAGAGCUAAUCUCAGUGUACAACCGACAGCGAUUCGCAAGUGAUUAUCGUGUUUUGCCCUGGAAAAUGCCCUAGUGACUUCUGGUGCAAAGGCCGGAUUACAAAGUUAAAAACAUCCGAGGAUUAUCAAGGCGGCAGGUCGAGAGGCGGCAGGCAAGAUUGCGAACUCUUCCAACGUACUGGUGUCGUGAGCGGAGAUGGACGCAAGACUGACGCAACGUUUGGGGUUGGACUAACGAAAGCUCAACAUAGACUUUUUCUUCUUG